GGAAAAAUCAAACAAAGGUUCAUUUCUGUGCCAUCAACCCUAAUCAUGUAUAUAACUUCAUGUUUUUGGAGCCUGAUUGUUCAUAGUCUGUUAUCCUGUCUCGGUUAGUGAGGGCUAACUGUUCCGUUACUGUCAGAUGAAUGAACAAGCCCGCUUGCACCCACAGUUGGCGCACCAGCCGAGCAGGUCUUUACGCACAAGGCAUCAUUGGCUGAGAACCCAUGCGUGUCACAGAGAAGAACAACGAACCAGUUAAUAGCAUUAAACGAAGCAGUAAACUAGUUUCAGUGGCUCCCUUGCGUCGGCCGGCGGUGUGUGUGUGAUCACUCCCAGCAGCAGGUUAUCGAUCCACGGACUGAUUGGAUUUUUCCUCUCCGGUGCUGGUGCUGGUGCUCUCCACGGUGCUGAAACAUGAACCAAAGCGCGGGAGCAGCGCAGCACAGUCGGCGGUAUUCAACAGACGGGAAGGAUAUUGGACCUAUUGGACAGGAUAAAAACUGGAAGGGCAUUGGCAUUUCCCUGCUGGUUAUUGUGUUGGUGCUCUCACUAAUUGGACUUUCCAUUGUUCUGCUGUCAAAAGAUGAUCUUGAUAAAAACACUGGUUCACAGUUGACACUGGAUGACCUCUUUCAAAGAAACUUUCAAAUACAUGAGCCUGAUGCAAAGUGGAUCAGUGAUGAAGAAGUCAUCUUUCGGAGCUGGGAUGGAGACAUUUUGAAAGUCAGCACAGACAGCAACGAGACAGAUCUCCUGCUGAAAAACACAACGUUUGCAACUUUUAAGGCCUCAAAGUUCGCUGUUUCUCCAGAUCUUAACUUUGUCCUCCUGGGAUAUGAUGUCAAGCAGGUCUACCAGCAUUCUUUCUUGGCAUCGUACCUCAUUUACAACCUGUAUACAAGAGAGGUGCGCGAGCUGAAUCCUCCAGAGGUGUCAGAUUCAGUCCUCCAAUUUGCCUCAUGGGGCGUUCAUGGUCAGCAGCUGCUAUAUAUAUUUGAAAACAAUAUUUACUACCAAACGGAUGUUCAGAGCAGCUCAUGGAGACUCACCUCUUCUGGACAGGAGGGGAUCAUCUUCAAUGGCAUCACAGACUGGCUGUAUGAGGAGGAAGUGUUGCACACACAGGUGUCCCACUGGUGGUCACCUGACGGCUCCAGACUGGCCUAUCUCACCAUCAACAACUCCCUAGUUCCUAACAUGCUCCUGCCCUGCUUCACAGGCUCGCUAUACCCCAGGGGGAAGGAGUACCCUUAUCCAAAGAUGGGUCAAAUCAAUCCCACUGCCAGACUCUAUGUUGUCACUGUAGAUGGCAGCUCCCUCACAACAGAACUGAGACCUCCAGACAGUUUUGAAAAGAGUGAGUACUAUGUCACCAUGGUGAAAUGGGUGACACGGGAGAUGCUGAGUAUACGAUGGAUGAAUCGAGCUCAGAAUAUGUCAAUUCUUUCAUUGUGUGAUGUCACAACAAGUGACUGCACAAAGAAACACGUGAUGACAUCAGAGAAGUGGCUUGAUCGUCAGAAUGAAGAGCCGGUAUUUUCCAAGGACUGCUCGACAUUCUUCAUCACUAUGCCGUUGAAACAGGGUGGCCAUGGGACAUUCAACCAUAUCACCAUGAUCUCCAAUCAAUCUGAGGGUCAAGAGGUCAACGUCCGCCACCUGACCUCAGGAAGCUGGGAAGUCUCUCAAAUUCUCGCCUAUGAUGAGAGAACAAACUCAGUUUAUUUCUUAAGUACAGAAGAAGGCUCAACACAACGGCAGUUGUACAGAGUCUCCACCGUGGAUCCUUUUCAUAAAGAAUGCCUCACUUGCUCCCUCUUCAAAUUAAAGUGCACUUACUACGACACGAUCCUCAGCCCAGACUAUCAACAUGUUCUUCUCAAUUGCAAAGGACCUGGAAUACCCCAAACUACUCUUCACACACUAAAUACUAUGAACAAGUACAAGACUCUGGAAAGGAACACAGCAUUAAGACAUGCACUGAUAAACAGGACAAUACCCAAGUGGGAAAGAAAAACUGUACAAAUCAACAACUUUGCACUUCGUCUGGAGUUAAUUGUCCCAAAAGAUUUGGAUGAAACAAAGGAGCACCCACUAUUACUGAUUCUUGACAGCACUCCUGGUGGCCAGGCUGUGAGUGACCGCUUCUCCCUCGGCUGGGACUCUGUGCUGGUCAGCUCAGACAGUAUAAUCGUGGCUCGUCUGGACGGCCGGGGCAGUGGCUUCCAGGGUCAGAGGAUCCUGCACGAGGUUCACCAGAGACUGGGAACUGUUGAUAUUCAGGACCAGAUCACGGCUCUGGAGCACCUGAUCAGGCUACCGUAUAUAGAUGGCAACAAAAUUGGAGUUUAUGGAAAGGCAUAUGGAGGAUUUCUUUCCUCUCUUCUGCUCCUCUCCUACAGCUCUAUGUUCCGCUGUGGCAUCGCUGUAGCUCCUAUAACAAACUGGAGACUCUUUGGGUCGGCCUAUGCUGAGAAAUACUUUGGCUCACCAGCAAAACCGGAUCAGAAAUACCAAAUUUCCAGUCUCCUCAGUAACAUCACAGCACCGAGUCCUCUGAACUUUCUUAUUAUCCAUGGCACAGCAGAUGCCACUGUUCAUUUCCAGCAUUCUGCUGAGCUGGUCAAACUGCUGUCUGGGUUCAAUGUUAAUUACACUCUCCAGAUUUUCCCAGAUGAAGGACACAAUAUUGCCUCAGCCAAGACCAAACACUACAUGCUGAACACCGUGCUCACCUUCUUCAAGCAGUGCUUUGUGGAAGAGCAGGUUGUUGUCCAAGGGACAUCAAAAGAAGAUGACUAACCUGAAGAAACUCCUGUGGUGACACAGUUUAGUGAAGAGUUGAGAAACUGCCAUCAUAAGCCAACAAAGAGAGGCUGUGUUUCCCUGAAGAGCACUCCAAGAGCAUUAAUGAAAACCCACGGCGUGUAAGAUAUGUAGCAUUACAGGACCAUCACCAGUUGUGAUGAUUUAUUUGUUGAAUUAAAAAAGAUGGUGGUAUUGUCGCUGUAUCCUAAUGCUUCAGAUUAUUGUUAUAGUUUGUAAUGUUUGUCUCAUGUACUGAGUACAAAUGUCAGGGAAUUAAAUAUUUUUAUUACUAUUAUUAUUAUUCACCUUUGCUGAUUGCUGUUAUCUACUGUGAAUAUUUAUAUUUAUUGCAAACAAAACAAUUAAAAUGAAUACCAGAGAUCAUAUCACAAAACUAUAUUGUGGGUGCCUUUACCUCAUAGACUUGCCAUAAUGUCUAAUUAGAUAAUUAAAGAUUAUCAGAGAUUUUAAUAGGUGAUUGAUUCAAGUCAAGUCAAACACUUGGUGGUUUCAAUCACAUUAAGGUCACUAUUAUCAGAAUCAGAAAUAUUUUAAUAAUCCCAAGGGGAAAUUAUUUAAAUUAUGUGAUUUAAAGCACAUAUGUGAGCAAUUCUUUUCAGUAAUAAUUAAAGCCGCGAUGACCAACUGUUAAGUGAUCUUUGCUGAUUCUUCUGUUAAUGAAAUCAUGUCCAGAGUGAUGUCUUUGUAUUUUAAAGUCAUUUCGAGUAUUUUCUACGCAAAGAGCUGCUUCUCCUGCUGCAACUUCAUUGUGAAGUUAUGUCAAAAUAAUUAAAAUGAAAUAAAAUGUUUUGGGCAUGUGAUGAAUGGAAGCAUGCUAGGACUAAUUGGAAACCAAACACGGUAACUCCCCCUCAACAAAAAAGACAUUUAAAGACGUCAUGAGAGCAACAUGUAAAUGAGCUGCUGUAAUGUGCGACAAAGUAUUCUCUUGAACUUAAAAACAUGGGGAUUAUUCUGUAGCAUCUUAUCAAUUAUUAAUGGGUUUAUGAAUGUUUCCGUAAGAAGGAAUACAACAUUUAACUCAAGUUCAUCUCACACAGUAUAUUUGCCUUCCCUUGAGCUCUCCAGUGCCGCCCUGUGGAGGCUUUUAGUUUUUCCCGCUGAAUGUCAAUGUCUAUUACAGACCGUGUACUUUCUGUUUAUAAAAAACAACUUAUCUGUUGUUGUUGUUAUUUUCUCUUGUUUUGUUUUUGUGUUUAACUUGUGUUCUUUACUAUUAUGGAAUAUAUGCUGGAUUUCAUAAAACCCAUCAUAUUAUAAAUUAUUUGACUAGAGAACAGGAAAGUUAUUAUAUAAUUGU